CGUUCCCCACAGCAGCUCCUCGCCACUUCCUGUGCUGUUUGACGAGCAGAAGAAGGGCAGGUGUUUGGGCGGCGUGAGAAAGAGAGUUCGGGAUGGCACUGUGGUGGGCAUCAUGUCUGCUGGUCCUUGCGUUCUCGCCCGCAGAGGCUGUGACAUUGUAUGACCCCUGGCUGUGCUACAUCCUGGAUGGCUUCCUGGGUCUGUACGGCCUGGUCAUCACCGCCAUGUUCAUCAAGGAGAAGUUCUUCAAAACUAAGUUGGACGCCAGCUACACGGUCGGAAAAGGCAAAAAGGCUGAGGGGGACCAGAAGGUGGCGGGCGACCUGGAAAGGGGACGAAACCGCUGGUUGAAGGACAACGCAACAUACACGGACUGGAACAAACAAACAGAUGGCGAAUACAGAGAACUUCCUGUUCAAAGAGAACGACCCAGAAGGACCGAGCUGGUUUACCAGGGUCUCAGCGCGGCAACCAGAGACACGUAUGACGCCCUACAGAUGCAGCCACUUCCUGUACGCUCAACAGACUGACAGACAGUUGCGCAAUCAACUCCUUCUCAUGCCUUGUCAGUGCUUUUAUGCUUUUUAAUACAAUUCAUUCAGCAAAAUCAUUCAUAUGAAUUAUAUCCUGACAUAAACGUCAUCAGUUUUACACAUGGCGGCGGUGUAUUUGGUACUUGGGCCAUCAGUGGGGACUCAAACGAACUAAUCCACUUCUUAAUACUGCCACUGUCACAUCAUAAUCAUACAAACCAUCAAUAUACCUCAACAUGUGGUAUUACAGUGGUCUCAUUGAGUCCAUGAUACACACAAUUCACAAUGGAAUACAUCACGUAGUACAAUCACAUAGAUCACGUAGUACAAUGCAGUGUGGCAUGUCCAUAAGAAGUAGGAAGACGUGUCAUUGAUUCAUCCUACCCUCCAUCCUUUUCACGUAUCGUGAAGAUGUAUUUAGUAGUUAUUACCUCAUAUCUCCGCAUAAUAAGGUAACACCAGAGAGCAAUAACGAGGAUGGAGGGAUCCCCCAAAAUGGAUUUUCAUUCACCCUUUCAACCAUCCAUUGGAAUUUGGGCUCUCGUAUACUUUCUGCUGGUACUACAUAACAUUAUUUUACUUUUACUUCGGUUCAAGGUUCAUGGUAAUGGUAAUGGUAAUGGUAAUGGUAAUGGUAAUGGUAAUGGUAAUGGUCAUGGUAAUGGUAAUGGUAAUGGUAAUGGUAAUGGUAAUGGUAAUGGUAAUGGUAAUGGUAAUGCUUUUAUUUCAUUUGAACAUGCAUCAGAUUCCAAUUGAGUGCAUCCCAUAAUCAGUUCCCAGUUCCACAUGUCCAAAAGGAGUAGGAAGAAGCAAAGCUUAUUAAAUCCUACCCCUCCAUCUGGUACUUUUACAAUCACUAACUCUUACAUUUGUUCACUUCCUGCUUUCCUAAUAUAGUUGAAGUUUUUAUUUUUUAUAUUUUUUAUUAUGUCAUGUAUUUUGUCAUGUACCGAAGUAGGAGGUGAUAAUGGAUAAUCUAUCCUUCUAGUCGAGCCCUUUCAUUGGUAUCUUUCCCAAUCGGGUCUUGGGUGCCAUCCCAAAAACAAAAAGCAGAAGUAUCAUCUGCCAAUAAUGUCAGCUUUAUAUAUUUUGUCACUUUAAAGGAUGGCAUUAAUAUACAGGUUGAACAGUUUUGGUCCCAGUAUUGACCCCUGGGGUACUCCACAUGUAAUAAUGAAACUUGCAGAUGUCUGGAUCUGGAUCUGGAUCUGUAUUCGGAGUGGGCGUGGUUUAACCGGAAAUGUGUGUUUUGUUUCUUUCAACGUGUUACAUUCUGCAUUUUACUAUUAUUAUUAACGUUCCCACUACACUUAUUUUAUGACAAAAAUGGUAAAGUGGUACAUGUUAAACACAGUAAUUGCUUAAACGUGGAGAGGGGGAUUAAGUAAAUAAACUGCUUCUUUCUACUCCUUGUCGACGAAUCAUGCAAAUGUAACCAUGACAUGGACUUCUACGUUCGAAAUUAACGAAAUCAGAGACAUUUUACUUAGCACGAUUCGCUUGGGAAUACAGUAUGUAUGAAUAAACCCAUCUUUUUUAACCCUUUCAAAG